GAUCUUAGUAAGAUUUUUUUAAGAUCUUAGACAAAUGUAAGCGAAAUCUUACUAAGAUCUUAACAAGAUUUUUCUAAGAUCUUAGUAAGAUUUGAGUAAGUUUUUCACUAGGGUCUAAUGAUGAAAUUUUUUUUGAAAGCAUUUUUGACACUUAGGUCGAAUUUUUCAAGUCAUGUUCUUAGUUUGUUUGUGUCUCCUGAUUUUUAAUAUUACUACUUAAUUGUUUUUUGUUUUAUUUCAGUUACAAAUAAGUCUUCGUAUAUUCAAUGUAUUCGUGAGUCAUUCCAGUUUGUUGAACAUUAUUUUCGAACGUUGUUCAUGGAUAAAGACAAGAGCUUUCAUUCAACGUGUAUUGAGACUUUAACACCAGCAAAAUUAGUCAUUGAAUUAGAAUCAUCGUCUAAAUUUUUAUCGAGCGAUGAAGAUCGUCCUUUGAAUGAUAUCGCAUUUUUUGAACCACAAACAAAGCAAGCUGUUGAAAAUCAACCGCUAAUUAUUUCGGGUUUCAAUGGUAUAUAUCUGCAUUCAAAAUCGACUAUGACGUAUGCUAAAGAUAUUAGAGAUCGUUCACUAACAAUGUUGGUGCCUACAACUGGAAACCGGUGGCACGGAAUUCUAGAACAUUUUUGUGAUACGAAUAAAACAAACGGUAAACAAAGAAUUUGUUACGAAAUGAGUAUAUGA